AUGGCAGCCGAUAUGAGCGGCGAACAGAUGCAGGCCAAGAUCACUGCGGCCCGGCGCGAAGCCGAGGGUCUCAAGGACAAGAUCAAGCGCAGAAAGGAUGAGCUGGCAGACACCACUCUCCGCCAAGUCGCGCAAAACCAGACCGAAACUCUACCUCGUAUUGGAAUGAAGCCCCGUCGAACGCUCAAGGGUCACUUGGCUAAGAUUUACGCUAUGCAUUGGUCGACUGAUCGCCGCCAUCUCGUCUCCGCCUCGCAGGACGGAAAGCUCAUUAUCUGGGAUGCCUACACCACGAACAAGGUUCAUGCGAUUCCCUUGCGGUCAUCAUGGGUGAUGACCUGCGCUUACGCCCCUAGCGGAAACUAUGUUGCUUGCGGUGGUCUGGAUAACAUUUGCUCCAUCUACAACCUCUCCUCGCGUGAAGGGCCGACUCGGGUUGCGCGUGAGCUCUCCGGACACUCGGGUUAUCUCUCUUGCUGUCGCUUCAUCAAUGAUCGUCGCAUCAUCACUUCCUCGGGAGAUAUGACUUGUAUGCUGUGGGAUAUUGAGUCGGGUUCUAAGGUGACCGAAUUUGCCGACCACUUGGGCGACGUCAUGUCGAUCAGUAUCAACCCCACCAACCAGAACAUCUUUGUUUCCGGUGCCUGCGACGCUUUCGCUAAGCUCUGGGAUAUCCGUACCGGAAAGGCCGUUCAGACCUUCGCUGGACACGAGUCCGACAUCAACGCCAUUCAAUUCUUCCCCGAUGGAAACGCCUUCGGAACCGGUUCCGACGACACCUCUUGCCGUUUGUUCGACAUCCGCGCGGAUCGCGAAUUGAACACCUACCAGAGCGAUCAAAUAUUGUGCGGUAUCACGUCUGUUGCAUUUUCUGUAUCCGGUAGACUGCUCUUUGCUGGUUACGAUGAUUUCGAGUGCAAGGUCUGGGAUGUUCUGCGUGGUGAUAAGGUUGGCUCCUUGAGCGGCCACGAGAACCGUGUGAGCUGCUUGGGAGUCAGCAACGAUGGCAUCAGCUUGUGCACUGGAUCUUGGGAUUCCUUGCUCAAGGUGUGGGCCUGGUAA